AAUCUCUCAUAAAUAAAUUUAUCACAUGUGCAGACACACAUUUGUAUUCAUUUUCCCGUUAAUUCACUGAUUUAAGAACAAUUAAAUUUUACAAUGAAAAUAUUUUGAACAAAAAGUUUACACUUCAGACACUUACAUAUUUAAAAAAAAAGUAUUUUCUCCAUUUAUCCCUGGACUUGACGGAAAUUUACGUGUUAUCGGUCAGGUUUGAAAGCAGAACUAGUUGAUAACGCCUUAUCUUCACCAUGUCAACUCCUCCACCAGUUUGUCUGUUUUGUCGGAAAUUUACCAGUUAUCGUGAAAACAGCUCGGACCAUUACGUUCCAUCAUUUCUAACUUAUCUCAAGACAAUUAACGUCAUUAACUUCGAGUCCAAUUACGAAAACGACUUUCCCCACGAAGAUUUCCAUUGUUGUCGAAAAUGUGGCGCUCUGCUGGGGACGAUUUUUGCCGAUGUGCGAAAACUGAGGGCCGAUUUACUCAAAAUUUACACCGUCACGUUCGAAAAUCUGGAGGAAAACGAGCCCCUUCAGGAGGACAACGUUCUGGAAAACUGGAGGCGGAAGAGUGUCGCUCAUCCUGUUUCCGGUUUGGCAAGAGAUUUGGUAAUUGUAUCGCGAGAACAGAGCAGCCCAGAUCACGAAACCCGCAUGGAGGAGGAGCAACUUCCAAUCAAAAUUGAACGGGAAGAUGUCGAUCUCGAUACCGAAAUCGGCGUCAAAGUGGAAAUUGAAGAAGACGACCAAAUCGGCGAAUUUAUUCUCCCCGAUUUCGCCCCAGAGAUGGGUCCCGACCCGCUGGAGCUGCUGCCGCCAUCCGACGGAUACCGCCAGGAGGACGAUAAACCACCAGAAAUGACCCCCUCGUCGUCCACGGGACCUCUGCCCUUACCGCGCAAAGGACGGGGAAGAGUCCCAAUCUGGAGCUUGAAGGAGUACUGGACGAGCGAUAGUAGCCACACUAUGAGCGCCGUCUAUGCACAUUCACCAACUAAUAAUACACUGAUUAAGAUGCCCUCCUAUUGGGGGGUGAGGAAGAGGGAUAGGCGCAAGUAUAUUUGCGCCUUGUGCAACAAACGUUUUUCCAGCUUGGGCGGCUACAACACGCACAUGGAGACCCACACGAGGAACGCAGAGUGUCUUGACGCCAAAUUGCCCUGUCCGGUGAAAGGAUGCCGGUCGAUCUUCUACGCGGUUGCGAAACGAGACAGACACGUGGAAAUCGUUCACUCACGGAAACCAUUUUCCUGCCCGACCUGCUCCCAAGCGUUUGCACGGAAGGAGAUGUUAGCCAUACAUCAAGAGUUCAAUCAUUCCUGACAGCGUGACGCUAUUUGUACUUAAAUUUGGCCACUUAUGUCAAGGUGUCGAUUUAAGUCGUCGCGAUGUUUUUUUUGGGGGGGAACCCGACACAGAUUUAAGAUAUGUGUACCAAGUCAAAAGAAACGAGUUAAGUAUAAACUGGCGAAAGGCUAGUUUACAUACUCUGAUAAAAAAAAUCUCGAUGUUUUCACCAUUUUUGAGGUACCAGUUUUCAAAUAUUUACUCGAGAAAUCGGGACAAAGCACGCUUUAGUACACUCUUUUGUAUAAUAUUUCCCUUUUGAAAAGUAAACUCACUUGGAACUCUAAAUUUAAUUUAUUUACUAAACUAUUCAAAUCUAUAAAUUUGAAAUUAAAGUAUUCCUACAUAAUAUUUAAUAACUUUGGUUCCUGUCAAGUAAUAUGUCAUUACUUCUGCAGGAAGAGAAUAAUAAAUUCCGAUGAUAACAUUUUCGAAACACG